UUGUGCAUCUGUUUACCUUUGGCAGCUGGAUUAUUUCGUGUAUUCGUCGUGUCUUAUUUUGUCGGAUUCUUUUGUUGGCAUUUGUGUUUGUCCCGUAGCUGCACGUGGGCCACUAGAAGAAGGCAUUGUGAACAGCCCAGGAUUCAUUUCGAACACCGGAGGCUCUCUAACGUGCAAUGACGUUGUACAGCGCUCGCACGUUUUUGCAGUUCGCCAUAUAAAUGCUGCCGGAACUGGCGGGAUUCGAUUCUGUGCCGAAAUCCGAAGCCACCGGGGCGGGUCAAAAAUAGUUUGAUGUCGCAGCAGUUACGCCACAGAAUUAACAUUUUGGGACUGCUUUAUUUCUCUGUAACGACAAAGAAAGUGUUCUUGUGGUUGUAUAUUGCUGGAAACAUUGCAUCAACCUGUGGCGUCAUUUUUUUCUUCCAUUUCAGGCUACUGACCAGGACGGGGACCAAGACUGGGUCUGGGGGAAUACCAUGGAAGUUUACUGGGACCUCCACCGUUUCCUUGGCUCCCUUCCAGCAAAUGAUUCCAGCCUGAUGGAGGAAAGUGUCUGUAGUGCCAUUGAUGGUGCCUCUCCAGAGGAGCUCUUCAAUGGCAUGGUGCACGGCGGAGUGGGCGAUUUGCAGGAACUUGGAACAAAUUCACAGCUUCCUGAAGGAAGCUUAGACUCUUGUGAGGCGCAAGCCUCAUCACUGGAGUCCGCUACUGAAAUAGUACCUGAAGCCCCAACAACAACAGCUGCGGAGAAAAAAAGGCUGGCUGCUCCUGAAAAACUUCUGGCACAAUUGCUAGAUGAGCAACGGCACGUUUGCUGCUCUAUGGAGCGCCACAAAAGUGAAACUCCUGCUAUGCAGAGGGAGCGCCUCGAAAUAAUGAAGCGCAACGAAAUUCGAGAUGACAAGCUGCUAGACAUCCUGCAGAAUAUGCACAAAGACAAAUAA